UUUGCCAAGAAAUAUUGUAGGUAUGUUUUACCUAUGAUGUAUUAUUUCACGUGACAGCCCUAUAAUUUUGAAACUGGUUCUCGGGAAUUACCAUCAUCUAACUAAAUAGGAUAAAUACAAAUAUAUCGACCAAGCUGAUGAUAACUGAAAGGUUAUCAGCGAAUUUGGCACUGGACUAUGACAUGCAUAACAACCAACCUAACAAGUUAGCUCAGUUACCGCGUCGAGCUUCUUAAACGACGAUGUGAAUUAUACCGAAUAAUUAAUUAAUACUCAACUAUGCCUGUGAAAUUUACAUUGUCGAGGUUUCCGAAACGGUACCUCAUCGUGAUCAUGGUUUUUAUCGGAUAUGUGAUAUUUUUCGGACUACAUACCAAUAUAGGGAUGGCUGUGGUGGCGAUGACAUCUUCGAGAAAAAUUUCUACACCGAAUGGUACGAUCAUAGUGAAAGAACCAGAUUUUAAUUGGACGUCUAUUCAGAAAUCGACUGUGAUCAGUUCUUUGGCGUAUGGUCGUUUUUUUGGACCUAUUGGAGGCCUAAUGGCGGGUAGAAUCGGAGGCAGCACGAUGUAUACUUUGGGAAUCGUCUCCACUGCCUUGGUUACGUUUCUGUUACCUUUGUGCCUGCGGAUCAACUUUUACCUGUUUGUGUUUGGGAACGCUCUUACAGGUCUUUUUGAGUCGUUCGCUUAUGCCAGCGUAUCUCAGUUGUGGUCGAGAUGGGCUCCACCUAACGAACGAGCUAAAAUCAUCUCCGUCAGCGUGAUCGGUAUUUAUGGCGGACCUAUUGCGUCGUUCGUGGGGUCCGGAUGGAUCCUUCAUGAAUGGGGAUGGGAGAUGUUGUUUUAUGUCACUGGCAUCGUUAUCCUGAUUUGGUCCGGCGUAUGGUUCUUGGUGGUGAAAAAUGAUCCUGCUGAUGAUAAAUGGAUGUCUGAGGCGGAAAAAGUGUACAUCAAGAAAGAACUCAACAAUAAUGAAAUGCUCGAUGACGUAAAGCUAGAGUAUCCGUGGAAGGAUCUACUGACAUGUGUGCCUUUUUGGAUUGGUUGCCUGUGCAAAUUCAUUAUUGGAGUCGGAUUCACAUUCACCAUGGUGUAUUUGCCUCAGUAUAUCAAAGACACUAACGAUAUCGACAUUAGAAGUAUAGGAUAUAUUUCAGUCAUUCCUCAAGUGUGCUCGAUUAUUGCAAUGCCUCUUACGGGAUACCUUUUCGAUUACAUAAGAUCGAACCAAUUGCUUUCGUUGACUAAUGUUCAUAAAUUAUACGCUUGUAUUGGUUUACUCGCUGGUGCAGCUACGUACAUGACCGCCGGCUUAUGGCCUAAUUUUACUGUAUGCAUCGUUUGCAUAUCCUUAUUCUCAUUUUUCAUCACGUUUUUGGUUCUAGAAGUUCAAGUGCUGGUGUUGGAUUUAGCUCCCAGGUAUGCUGCUUUCAUGAACUCUAUGGCGACCUCUGGGUACACCUCGUCUAGUAUUUUAACACCUAUCAUUGUAGGCUUCAUUGUCACUUCUGAAAGCCAAUUGGAGUGGAGCAGUUGUUUCAUUAUAUUCAGUAUACAGUACAUCGUUGUGGCCUUGCUGUGUUUGAAAUUCGGGUCCGGUGAACUUCAACAUUGGGCUAAUUACUCAUCUAAUAAAAGCAUCGACGAAUUGACCGAUGUUCCUUCGUCUGAGAGUAGCAAUAGCUGAGAAUGCAUUGUUUUACUUCGGCUGUGAUCCUAAAUGUGCAUUUUUGUUGAUCCUUCGUGGACAUAUUUUAUAGCUUUAAACCAAAAGAUAAUAAAUACUCGUUUUUUUUUUUUAAUGUUAAA